CAUCGUACCCUUUCCUAGGCGUACCCAUUUCAGGCGCCCAAAUCAGGGGAGGAAAGGGUACCGAUGCCACUAUCCUGCAUUCGUCCUCGCCUCCUGGGAGGCCCUCGUCGCCGCGGCUGGAUGCACUUCGAAAUCACUGUCCAGAACGCACCCCUGGAGGUCCAGGGAGUAGCGGCAUCGGUACCUUCUGGUUUCCCCACGAGCGGCUCUCUGCAGGGGCUGAUGGAGUCAUCUUCCCACGACUUCUUCCCGCUGGAGGAGGCACCCGAGGUCAAGAGCGGGAGCCUGGCGUACCGCGACUCCGCGAGCCGGGGGAGUUGCCGCGACGUGCUUGUCAAGUACGUGCCGGUGCUCGAAUGGCUCCCUGCGUACGCGUGGAGGGAGAACACCCCCAAGGACCUGGCCGGGGCUGCCACGCUGGGCUGCAUCCUGGUCGCCCAGUCGCUGGCCCACGCCGACCUGUGCAAGGUGGCGCUGGUCUCCGGGCCGUACAGCUGCAUAUUGCCGCCCGUAGUCUACUCCCUGUUUGGCACCUGCGUCCACUCCUCUGUGGGCACGGGCGGGCUGAUCAGCCUUCUGACCGGUAUCCAGCUCGAGAAGUAUGGAGACCUGGAGGCGCGCUCCCAUGCUGGACCCAUCUUCACGCUGCUGGUGGGCGUCAUCAUCGCCCUCAUGGGCGUCCUUCGGCUCGCCUUCGUGGUGCGCUUUCUCUCCAAGCCGGCGCUCAGCGGCUUUAUUACCGCAAGUGCGCUCCUCAUCAUCGCAUCGCAGUUGAAGCCUAUGCUCGGCAUACCGAAGAAGAUAUCAGGAGGCAUUCUGGACAUUCUGUUCAUGACGCCGUGGGAGAUGGAGCAGUGCCACUGGCCCACCUGCCAGAUCAGCUUGAUCUCCGUCAUCUUCUUGUUAUUUGCCAAGAAGCUGCGACGCGUGCAUUGGUCGCUGAAGUGGGUGGGGGAGUUCAAACUGGCGGCCCUCGCGCUGUCGGCCCUGUUCUGCCGCUACAGGGCCGAGUCUCUGGGCAUCGACGUCGUCGGCGAGGUGCCGUCGGGCCUCCCGGCGGCGGUGUGGCCGAUCGCAUCGCAGGAGGACCUGCUCUUGCGAAGGAGAUGGUGCCUGGAGCCUUUCUGGUCGCACUGGUCACGUUCUUGUCUUCCUUCGCGGGCGCAAAAAAGUUCGCCAUGAAGGCCGGCUACCAGGUGGUGGCCAUGAACGAGCUCAUCGCGCUCGGCCUUGCCAACAUCGUUGGCUCCCUCUGCGCGGCCGUGCCAACGCAGAUCGGGUUGAGCCGCAUGGGCAUAGCCUAUGCGGCCGGCAUCAGGAGUCAGCUGGGCACCAACGUAUACGUUGCAGUCGUGGUGGCUGCCUCCAUUUAUGCCUUUAGCGCGUGCCUCUACUACAUACCCCGCUGCGUGCUCAACGCGAUCAUCGUCAAUGGCGCCUCGCAUCUCGUGGAGUUCGAUCACAUGCUGUGGCUGUGGUCGCUGAAGGCCUGCCCGGGCUCCAAGAGGGACUCCGGCUCGCGAAUGUUCCGCACCGACUUCUCCGUCUGGUGGUUCUCGUGCCUGGGCACCCUCUACUUCGGAGCCUUCGAGGGCAUCGUCCUGACCGUCCUGCUCUCGCUCGCGCUCGUCGUCCACCAGGUCGUCCACCCGUCCAUAACCCCGCUGGGUUGCGAGGUGGGCGGCGACAAGCGGACCGCGGGGGCCGAGGUCCGCGGGUGGAGGAGCCUCGCCAACCCGGCGACCCGGCCGCGCGAGGGCGUCCUGGUCUUCCGCGUGGAGGGCCCCCUGUUCUACGCCAACAUCUCGCGGGUCCAGGAGUGGCUGGAGGACGCCGAGCUGCGCGGGCUCCAGCGGGGCCGCAGGCCACUGCGGGCCAUCGUGCUGAUGGCCGCGAGCGUGCCCUUUGUGGAUUCCACCGCGCUGAUGGCCUUCAAGACCAUGGUGGAGGCGUACGCCGACCGCGGCGUGCACUUCCUGAUAGCCAAGGCCGCGGGCCAGCCGAAGCGCUUCUUCCUGCAUGUCUACAGCGAGGAGAGCAGGGGGCCGCCCGGCGCCCACGCCUUCGCGGCGGACGCGGUGAGGACGUGCGUCGAUGGCGACUUCAGCGUCGAGGACUGCAUCGCCUGGCUCCAGGACCACGAGUCCGGGCGCCUCCGCCGAGCCAGCUCCGGGCGCUCCAGCCAAGCGGCGAGCUCGGAGGUGCUCCCCGACGCCGGGAGGGAGGCCGCACCUCCCGAGCGAGCGCCGAGCGGGCUCUCCCACACCGCUGCCUUCGAGGAGCCCGAUGAGAUGUGGCCGCCUCUGGCUCCGCAGCCGCUGAGGAAGGCGUCCCUGUGGGCAUCACUGACGCACGGAAGGCGCACCCCGUCGGACCUCGGCAUGGAGCGGCUCCUCUCACCAGAGGGACCUGCGGCGCGGGUGAGGAGCCUCUCAGCAGCGUGA